GGUCGGAGCACAGACGGAAGGACUUCCUGUGAUGCUUAUUCUAGCUGGAUAACGAUGGCUUUCCCAGAGUUUACAGCGGGAUACAUUAAGUGAUUUAAUACAAAAUAAUUAAACCAAGACAUCCACAACGUCCCAUGAUGACGGCCUGCCUCGUUCCUCCCGCCCCGUCAGCUCUCGCCUCAUUUCUCUCCUUGCUGCUUCCCCGUGGCUUCGCUGUAGGUCCAUCGCGGCUCUGUGAGGGCAGGUUGGGUCUGUGGUGGGUCGGAGGCUCGCUGGAGGCCGGAGCCCUGCUGGGGAGGGGCGGGGAAACUGACUGGGUCUCCAAGUAUCACGCUGACCCGGUGAUUCACAGGCCAGACGGUGAAUUCAUGACACACUACGAGUCCAAAACAGGUCAGACCAGCAGCUCCGAGGAAGAAAAGGCGCUGACGGGGGAAGCGGCAAAUCAAGAAAGUUUCGUACAAAGAGCCAUCUGGAUCAACUUUGCCUGCCAGGCGCAAAGCCGAGCCCAGCAGAACGUGGCAGUGAAGUGUGUGUGUGCUGAGGUGUGCGUGGGCGAGUGUGCAGAUGUGUGCCUCAGUGUGUGUCGAGACAUCCUGCCGGGAACUGAGCUGCUGUUGUAUGAUGACACUGUGGGGAAAAGUCAGACAACAGACAAACCACAAGCCAACUCCAUUGAACACACAGAAAACAAAGUGGAGCAGACAAAAGGCCCAGAGACUGUAACUACCAACAUGCCGAUCAUUCAAGAGAAGGAAGAGAGAGCUGAUAAGACGGAGAAUGAGGAGGAGGAACAGCUUAGAAAUCCCCCCAAAAGCAUCAAAAGGAGUCACCUGACUGCACCCAAGAAGAAGAGGAGAGUCAAUGAAAACCUGUCUGAGCCGAGUCCAGGUGGAGACAGACAUCAGGACAGCAGCACCGACAGUCCAACAGCUGAUAAAGACCCAGCACAAAGCGUCCCGGCUGCUGUGGACUCUGAAACCAGCCUCCCUGAACCUCCUCCUGUCCGCUGCAGCUCCCGUCUGGCUGCUAAACCACGACGGGUUCACUGCCUGACCAACCGGACGAAGAGACCUCCAUUCAGCCCCGAUUUACCCAAACAGACCGAAGGAGAAACCCGGAGCUCCACGGAAUCCGCCAGGGUUUCCACAAAGACACUAAGCCCUGUUCCUGAGGUGAUCACAGCACCGGGUUCUGCCAGAGCGACGUCCACGUGGCAUCCAGAGGUCCGAGAGAGACGCUACAGAUGUUCCAGCUGUGGGAAGAAGUUCUACCAGAUCGGACACUUGAAGAAACACCAGUUCAGCCACAUGGACGAGAAACCCUUCAGCUGUCAGGAGUGUGGGAAAAGCUACACCUCGGCCGAAAGCUUCAGAGCCCAUCAGAUGAGUCACCGCGGGGAGCGUCCAUUCUCCUGUCCUCACUGUGAGAAGUCGUAUGGCCUGAAGCGGGACCUGAAGGAGCACAUGGUCCUCCACACCGGGGAGAAACCAUUUACCUGUGAACACUGUGGGAAAGCCUUCGCUCGCCGCCCCUCCCUGCGCAUCCACCGCAUGCUUCACUGCAGCAGAAUGAUUUACACACAGCCACCCAAGGUGCAGUGCACAGUGUGCCCCAAGCUGCUGGCCAACUCCGGCUCCCUCAGGAACCACAUGAGGCUCCACACCGGGGAGAAACCUCACAUAUGUCAGCACUGUGGGAAGAGCUUCAGGCAGAAAGGGAACCUCGAGUGUCAUCUGAGAAUCCACAACGGGGAGAAACCGUUUUCCUGCGCCGAGUGUGACCAGACGUUCUCUCAGAAACCAGAGCUCAGCCGUCACAUGUUCACCCACACCGGAGGAGGUUUCCUCUGUAGCUACUGUGGAAAAUCGCUGAGGGAUCCGCACAGCCUGAAGUCCCACGAGAGGCUGCACACUGGAGAAAGACCCCAUCGCUGCCCUGUCUGUGGGAAAGGCUACACAUUGGCCACCAAACUGAGGAGACACGUGAGGUCGUCCCACCUCAAAGAGAAACCAUACAGCUGCCAGUGUGGAGCCUCUUACACUGUGAGACAAAGUCUGUUGAGACACCAAGCUCAGCACAGGACAGAAGGAGAAACUCCAAAUGAGAUGGAGGGAGGACAAAAAGAGGACAGCUCCAAGAAGGAGGUGGCACCAGAGUUUGGCUCCAGUCACCCAAAGCCGAUUAGAGGAAGACCCAAGAAGAACUUGCUUCCUCAAGAGGAAGCAGAGAAAGAAGGAGGUGAAGUAAGGCGGAGAAGAGGGCAAGGAAAAGUUGAGAAGUUUAAGACAGUUGAGACUUCAAGAGACGGUGAUGUUUCAGGUAACGUCCAACACGGUGUCAUAUACGUCCACACGGAUGACCUGUCCACGUCAAGCUCCGCCCCUCUGCUGCUCACCUCGGAGGCCUCGCUGCCUGCAGGGUCGGGGCAGGAGCUGGUGGAGGUGGUGAUAUCGGAGUCUGCAGAGCAGUGCAUUGUGGUCCACGGAGAGCCGGCGGUGGGAGAGCUGCUGAUCCUACAGGACGAAGGACUCUGCUCGGUGGCUCAGACAGUGGAGAUAAACACAGUGUAGCCUGAGAUCUGGAGGACGUUUUCCUGAUUAAUAUGUCUCAGUUAACUUGGUAAUCAGCGUUUUUUAUUCCUCACCUUCCUCACACAACCUCGUCUACAUUUUCUUCACAUUCUUAUUAUUUACCAAAUUGCCUUUGAACAACCUCCACAGAACAGAUGGAAAGUGAUUACGCAUGAUUAGCUGCUGGUUACACAUAAAGGCAUGGAGAGAAAUACCAAUAACAGCUGCGAUAUGUCUCACUCAAGAACAAAAGAGGACAGACUGGUCUGUUUUCGGCUUGAUCUCUGAGCCUCUUAAGGGAUACAUUCCUCCUGUAGUGACUGUAGCGCCGUUUGAUUCUGAGCAGCCGACACACAAAACUGACAUUAACUGUCGAUUCAGCCACUUAAGCUGUCAGAUUCCAUUGAGGUUGCAACAGAAGUGCCUCAGCUUGACAUCAGGUCUUCUGCAUUUAGUCAGUUAUUACCCGGAGAUAAAAGAAACAAAUGAGACAGUACAACACACUCAGACAUUCAACUUACUGUAUGACUCUCAGUCCACAUGUGAAUUCCUUGCACUCCCACGCAGGUGUUUUCAUUUGAUCUUUUCAGACCUUUGCUCAAGUUGAAGGUGGUAACAAGCCUCCAUGGAUUUAUAAAAGUAUAAAGUCCCACCUUAACAUGAUCUGUACGCUCCCACACAGUCCUGAGAGGUCUGAUCAGCACAGAAUAAUUGAAAUUGCCUGCAGGUUUACCACAGACUGCAUAUAAAAGAUGAAUGUUGCAGCCAUGAUGUCACCCACUGGUUUGUGGGCUACAGCUUUGAAACUUUGAAACUGAGCACAUUGGUCCAUUGAAUCUGACUUCUUUUGUUGUUUAUUUUCCUCCAAAUUGAAUCAUGAUUUACAAAUUGAGCAGCAUGUUAUACUGCAAGAAAUUUGAAACUAGCGACCGAGACCAUAAACUUAUUAGAAAAAAAUAGAGGUAACAAUUGAGAAUUUGGCUCAUUUUCUCAUAAACUUCUAUGCGCUCUGACUUCUUUUUGCAAACAGAGGAGUCGCCUCCUGCUGGCUGUUAGAAGGAAUGCAGAUUUGAGUUCCUUCCAUUCUGGCUUCACUUUUCAGACCCAGUGGGUACAUCUGUCUUUUAUAUACAGGCUCUGGUUGCAAGUACGGAUGCAAAGACAGUUUUCUUACGCGAUAGCCUGCCACGUUAACAAUCAACAAUCAAUUAGUGUAGGAUAUAAUGAAAAAAGCACAAUGUCCAUUUUUCCAUGCGUUAGUAAAGUUCCAAUUAACCAUGGAUGCUUGAAAUUUACCGCGUCAGCUCACUUUCAUUAGUCCCAGGAUCAUUGCUCUGGUUCACGUGGGUUUGAAAUUUACCGAAGAACAGUGUCUGGAAGCCAUUAACUGCUACAGAAGUCGCUGUCAUGGUGGCCUGUUGCUAGCAAGCAAUAGCCUGCCAUGUUACCAAUUAACCAUCAGUUAGUAUGCACUACCGUUCAAAAGUCUGGGGUCACCAAGACAAUUUCAUGUUUUCCAUGAAAACUCACACUUUAUUUUUAUGUUUUUAUCCCUUAUUAAUCCCACGAGGGGAAAUUCUGAUUUUCGCAUAUCUCCCAAUUGGAGGGAGUCAGAGCGACGGGUCAGCCAUGGUACAGCGCCCCUGGAGCAGGAAGGGUUAAGGGCCUUGCUCAAGGGCCCAACAGUGGCCACAUCGGGGCUUGAACCUCUGACCUUCUGAUCAGUAGUCCAGAGACUUAACCGUUGUGCCACCACUGCCCCAAUGUGCUAACAUAACUGCACAAGGGUUUUUCAAUCAUCAAUUAACCUUUCAACACCAUUAGCUAACACAAUGUAGCAUUAGAACACAGGAGUGAUGGUUGCUGGAAAUGUUCCUCUGUACAUCUAUCUGGAUAUUCCAUUAAAAAUCAGCCGUUUCCAGUUAGAAUAGUCAUUUACCACAUUAACAAUGUCUAGACUGUAUUUAUGAUUAAUUUAAUGUUACCUUCAUUGAAAUAAACUGCCUUUCUAUCAAAAAUAAGGACAUUUCUAAGUGACCCUAAACUUUUGAAUGGUAGUGUAUGUUAAAAAAAAAGCACAAUGACUAUAUUUUUAUGUGUUAAUGAAGUCAUAAAUAAUCAUGGAUGCUCGAUAUUUACUGUAUGUUGACUCAAUUUUAUUAGCCACACAGUCAUGGCUUCAUUGUUCUUGUUUACACGGACUUGACAUCCACACAACAAAUGUGUCUGGAAGUCAGUAACUGCUACAGAAGUCUCUGUCAUGGUGGCUCAUAACUAGCUAAACCCCUACAAUGCCAAAAGUCACCUAUCAGGGAUGCAAAUUUUUAAUGAAUUUUUAAUUAUGGUGAAUUUCUUCACCGAUAGUCGACCUUGUCAUCAAGUACUAGCUGUUACAUUCUUCUGUCUUACCACCUAAUAUAUUGUUAAUUGGCUAAAGUACUAUUAACAACAAAUAAUCGAUCGUUCAUUAAAAUUCCUUCUUGCAAGUUGUAUAAAUGAAGAAAAUCUGACAAAUCGUUAUUGCUUCACUGUUUCCCAGUUGAUCAGCAACUUAAAAAAAUGGCUAAUCAAACUCCAGUGGGACAUUUGGUCGUAUUUCAAGGCAAAACUACAUAUUUAAGAAUAAAUUAUACUGUAGUAAAGGUGUAUUUUAAAUUUUAAUUCUGGCAUAUCAACUCGUAUGUUAGCCUCAUUUUGUUCUGCCUGGAAGUAAAACACACUGGCUGUGAUCUAGAUUGACGUUUACCAUUAGCUGACUUGCUGUCUUUUCAGGCAAUCGCAGAUUAUCGCUCAGUGUCAGUAUUAUGAUGUGAUAUUAUGGACUACAACACAGAAGUAUGUUCUGAGAGCUUUAGCAGUGACUGAUGUGAGUGACAUUUAGAAGCUGAACGACCAGUACGCUUCAGUCAGGAUUCCCUCUCUUCUCGAGAAAUUGCUUUUGCGUUGACAUAAAGCUGGUUUGACAGAUGGGGAUUACACUCUAGACUAGCAAUUUCCUCUAUGUGGAGAUCUUCUUUCAAACAUACAGUGAUAUGCAGGCAUUUUCCAUACUUUACAUGUUUAGAUUCGUAACUGAAAAGUCCCAAAGUCCUUCUGCAGCUUGACAGUAACCCCAAACAUACAGAGAACUGUCUACAUCUGCAUGUCAGCAUUAGAAACCACAGGUCUCCCCAGUCAAGAGACUUGUUUUUGCACAAUAAUAAAAAGGACCUGGAGAACAGUUGCUCACACAGUUUGUUUUGAAACAAAUGGGGUACUGAAAGGUUGGAGAGAUUUCUGGGCGCUCACGUUUUCUCGGGUUUUAAGGCACUCACCAUGUAAUUGCAAAGUCUUCGGUCUGAGGUUGGAAAGAGGACUAAUGUUGCAUGUCAUUCCUCAUCUCUCCCCUGACAUCCUUCCUGCUGUCUGCUCUCAAAGGGAAUAGAAGUGCGUCAUGAAACUGCUCAGGUUAGAAAACAGUGAUAAAAGACGUCAAAAAGAAGCAUAAUUUAGGAUCAUAUCUGGUGCUGGCGUCAUUACUAGUUAGCAAAACAAAAUCUGAGUCACACGUUUUAAGACAUUUUUGUGUUGUACAUUGAGUUUUAAAGAGAUUAAAUUAAUAUUAUUCUCAUCAGUCUAUCCCAGGUAACUCUUAAUGACAAACUGAACACAUUUGUAGAAAGCAAAACAAAUUCAUCAAAAAUUUAAUGAAAUUUAAAAAGUAAUCACUUUGCUGUGGCACUCAAAAUAUGGUCAGUUGCAUUUUAUUUGCUUUAAUGCUCUGUUGUUGUUUUUUUAAAUGGAGUCUCACCUGUGACAAAUUGAAUUUAUUGAGUUUAGAAAGACACCCGACAGCUCCACUGUACGUCAGCGCAAAAAAACGAGUCACAAUUUAAAUCUAGUAAAUCAUAGAUCAGGGUGACGGUUUAAAACCAUUUCUAAAGCACUGAGUGUUCAUAACUGUGAAAUGGGCAAAGUUUGGAAGCACCAGAACUCUUUGUAGAAUCGACCAUCCGGACAAACUAAGUAACACAGAAAAAAGGACUCAACAGUCUCUGAAGCAGAGCUUCAGAAGUCCUCUGCAGAGAUGGAAGGAUGACUAACAUCAGGCUUUAAUGGUGGAGCAGCUGGAUGAAGGCCACUCUGAGAUGCAUGACAGCAUGUUUGGAGUUUUUCAAAGUGUGUUUAACUGCAUUCUGAGACAGAAAAUUCACUCUUUAGGCAGACACCAAGCCUCAUGUUUACUGAACACUGUCCACCUCCUGCUAUGACAAUCCCUACAGUGAAGCACGGUGGUGGCAUCAUCAAUUUGACAUGCUAUAUAUUAUAUAGGACAAACUAAAUCCUUUUCCUGACAUAGUAUAUGCACAGAAUGGUUUUAUGAGUGUUGAUUUCACCAUGCAACUGCUGCCAAACUACAAAAAUUAAAUGAGAGAUUUCAAUUUGUAACUUUCUAUA